GCCCCGCCCCAUGAGUAGAUGCGUGGCGAGGGCCAUGGGGCCGGGCGGAUGCGCGGCACGGCGGGUGUGGACGCUGCUGUGGCGCAGGGCCCUUUCCCCGGGAGCCGGGUCCGCGGUGAGCGAGGGACCCCAGAUUCGGCUGCUGACCUCGGGUCGGCCUUCAGCGGGACCAGCGCUCAGCCGGGCCUGCUUGACUCCGUAUCGUGCGCGCGGCCUGCACAGCGGGCCUGGCCUGGAGGAGCGAGAAGAGGGGGCAGCCGACGAGGGGCGCCCCGAAUCCGGCAUUGCAGGUCAUGCUGGUCUCCAGUUUGACAUCGAUAUGCUGGUUUCACUUCUGAGGCAAGAAAAUGCAAGAGACAUUUGUGUGAUCAAGGUCCCUCCAGAAAUGAAAUACACAGAUUACUUUGUGAUUGGCAGUGGGACUUCUACCCGACAUUUACACGCCAUGGCUUACUACAUAGUGAAAAUGUACAAAUUCCUGAAACGUAAAAGUGAGCCUCAUGUGAAGAUCGAAGGAAAAGACACUGAUGACUGGCUCUGCGUGGACUUUGGCAGCAUGGUGAUUCAUUUGAUGCUUCCAGAAACCAGAGAAACAUAUGAACUAGAGAAAUUAUGGACCCUACGUUCUUAUGAUGACCAGUUAGCUCAGAUAGCACCUGAGACAUUACCUGAAGACUUCAUUCUUGGCAUAGAAGAUGACACUUCAUCCCAGACUUCAGUGGAGUUCAAAUGUGAAUAAAAUGAUAGUUUUAGUCAUUUCAGAGUGGGAUUGAGUCACUUCUCAAAAACAUAGCUCCUAAACCCCACCCAGUUGGGUAAGUUGUCAAAGCAAGUCUUAUUUCUCUGUGGGCACUCUGCUCCCUGACAUUCGGCUGUGGAGACUGUAGGUAAAUGAGCGUCAACGACCAUUCUGAUGUGUUGUCUUUAUUCCUGAGGUCCCAGCAGGAUUUCCUGGCGUUAUCACUGACUGGUCCCUGUGCUUCACUUGAACUCUCUGCUCAGAUUUUAAUUAAUUUUGCUUAAGUGUAAAUCUUAUUCUGUGGAAUGACAUAGUCAAAAAUUUUUAAAUAAAACAAAAAUCACAUAA